GACGUGACAGUUUGAUCGCUCUCUCUGGCCUUGCCAGUCAUCCCUUCGGUUCAUGGAAAAAGCAUGCGGCUAACGCAGACUUGAUCAACCUGGCCUCAUUCAUGUGGCUUCGCGACCAGCUACCUUCCGAUUUCCCUAACGUUCGCGUUCUGAUAUAUGGCUAUGACACUCGAUUACUCAAAAGUGAAUCAUUUCAGACUAUCGAGGACCUUGCAGUAUCUCUCAUUGCCCAAUUGAGGGGUAUCGGGAAGACUCAAACAUUCACCAAGCCGUUGCUGAUCUUCGCUCAUAGUCUCGGCGGCCUUCUAGUUAAACAGGCCCUCUGUUUGCUUGCGCGUUGUGGUGAGUCAGAGGCAUUUAUGCUUGAUCAAGUUCGUCUGGUGGUGUUGUUCGGUGUACCCAGUGCGGGUAUGAGAAUGGAAUACCUACUGCCCAUGGUAGAUGGUCAGCCAAAUCAGUAUCUAGUCGAAUGUUUGUCGCAAGAUGAUCCUCACGGAUUUCUGCAAACAUUGAAUGCAUCAUUCCACGGCAUUUCACGUUUGCGCCGAAUACGGCUGAUUUCGGCUUACGAGACUCAGCGGACGCGUACAGCUAAGGAAACUUCUCCCGGUGUCUGGGCUCGUGUCGGGGACCCAGUCAUCCUUGUGCCGCGAGAAUCUGCCAUCCAGAAAGGAUCGCGAAAUCCCGAAGACGUCUUCCCCAUUGAUCGUGACCAUUCAAACCUUGUGAAGUUUAGUGAAGAUGAUAUCCAUUAUGUUACUCUGCAGAGAUUCCUGCGUGAGAUUCCAGACUCGGCACCACGGAGCGACUUCAUGGGCACCAUACCUCCGAAGAUCCUAGCCGUCCCUGACUCACAACUUUUGAGGUUUGAUGGCGGCGAAGGCACGGCAACUCAAGGUGGUCUAAAGAGCCUCUGGUUUCCGGAGAUCAAUUACCGAGAAGAGCACAUUGUAACAGCUCACGACCACUCUUAUGGCUGGCUUUACGAUCCCAACCUGAGGUUCUUUGAAUGGCUGCAAAGUACGAGACGUCUUUACUGGAUCAGGGGUAAGCCUGGGUCUGGCAAAAGCACGCUGAUGAAGCACCUCCGCAAAGCCACGGGGCUUUGGAAAGGCUCUACAGGACAUGGAUCCGCCCUCCAUCAGCAAUUCGAAUACCUAUGGUUCUUCUUCAAUGCGCGUGGCUCAUACAAACAAAAGUCAUUCGAAGGUCUAUUGCGCUCAAUUUUGUUCCAGUUGGGUUCGCGAUACCCAAUUAUUGCGCAGGUAAUCGAGGAAAGACACAGAGCUAAGCAAACUAAGAAUAAGGAUGUAUGGACUGAUGACGAAUCGUUGAGGCUUUUUGAGCAUGUUAAGUGCAAGGCCAAGAUUGGCCGGCAGGUAGUGCUUUUUCUGGACGCUCUCGAUGAGUUCAACGGUUAUCCAGAGGUAAUAGCAGAAUUUCUAACCAGGCUCAGUGCCAGUCCGAACGAGAUCGCCAGCCUUGACAUCAGGAUAUGCUUCUCCAGCCGGCCAUGGGACGCAUUUGUGGAGCGCUUCGACACAUGCGACGGUUUCAAGCUCCAGGAUUGGACUCAGUCAGAUAUUGCACGCUACACAGGAUCUCGGCUUGUUGGAAUGCUCCAAUCACAAUUCCCCACACUCGAUUCGGAAUCGUCGCGAGCCCUGGAGAAGGAUGUGGCGGAGUACAUUCGACUUCAUGCGCAAGGUGUGUUUCUCUGGGUUACCAUGGUCCUCGAUGAGCUUGAAAGGGUAUCUCGCCCUCACCAAUCACCGACACUCCUUUACAAGCAACUGACCAAGCUGCCUACUGAACUUGAAGACUAUUACGGCCUCAUCAUCGAUAGGAUCGCUCCCAAAGAUCGGCUAGAGGCGUUCAUUUUGCUGGAGCUGGUGCUUCGCGACUCAUGGGGUCCCACAGAACUUGGGAAAUUGUUUCUCGCAUCAAGAUGUGCCGGGGGAAAUACACUCGAGGCCUGUGAGCAGCUCCUCAAGUCGGCCAAAACCCAGUUGCUGGAGGAAAAACACAUGGAUGUGCAUCUCAAGGACCUUUGUGGGGGCAUGCUUGAGGUCGUGGAAUCAAAUCGUGAAUCCGUUGUCCAAUUCAUGCACGAGACAGCGCGAGACUUCAUUGAACGUCCCGAGUUCAGACAACGUAUCCUGCCCCAGGAUGGUCCUAGUCUAGACUGGCUGGACGGCCACGUGUUUUGGAUCAAAUAUUGGUUUGCCUUUAGGAUUCCAAAGCAGGACAUCGGAAAGGAGUUAUACAUUUUAAAGGUCGACAGGAUGUUUGAACAUGCCUACUCCGCGGAGCACAGAACUGGGAAAAGUCUCGCAAACUUCCUGGACAGCGUGCCACAAAGCGUUUUCUCUUACUUUUCGGAGCCCCUUCAGUGGCCAAGACCGUACUUCGGGUUCUAUUCGAGUCUCUCAUUCGCAGUGCUCGCGGGACUCGAGUUGUAUGUAUCACAUCGCCUGUCAAUCGCGGCCACCGAGGGUCCACAAGGUCGCUCAAGGCUACUGAACAGAGAUUCAGAUGGGACACUCGCUCAUGGGCUCAUUCAAGAAGUCUGUCUGGGGUACAGAAGCAGAAGCAGAGACAGAGAACGCUCUCUAGGAGCAAUGACCCAACUGCUCGUGGACAGUGGUCUGAACUUCAAUAUGCGGAGGUACGAUAUGGCGGGGUACGAGUACCUGCCCAUCCAGGUGCUCUUUCAGGACCCCGACCCACAUCGGCGGCAAGGCGGUGGGGUGCAUGACGAAUGCGGUCAGGUCCUGGAUAUAUUAUUGAAAGCGGGCUGUGAUUCCAACACGCGAACUACUUAUGCACGAUCAGCGACUCUAAAUCCAUUCCCAGAAGAGGACAAUGUUCCGCAUCGUCAAGAUCAGUGUCGUUUACUCCAUGUCAGCUGGGGAAUAUUGAGCCAGACACUGCUCGCACACGGCGCCAACGUGAAUGCGUACGAUAGCCGCGGGCAUACUCCGCUGGAUGUAUGCAUUGGUGUAAAGUUCUGGCUCCUCGACACCAGAAGUGCGCGCCAGGCUCUGGAGACGGCGACGGCGCUUAUUGAAGCCGGUGCUCAUCUGAGCCAGUAUGGACACAAACAUCUCCAGAACCGAUCUUCAUGGAAUGACUUCUCGAGAAACAAGCGCGAGGAAACCGAGCGCCGUGAAAAGACAGACAAGCGAUACAUAACUGGAGCCUUUACCGAGUCGGACAGUAUGCGUGAUUUUCUGGGGCUGCGGGACGACCAUGGCGUUGCAGAACCGUCCGAUGACGCUGAGUCGUUGCAUACAGAAUUCGUUGAUCUUAUCAAAACGGCUCCUGUACUUCCCACGCCGGCAACCCGCAGGGAAUUGAAGAAACUCUAUCCCAAACGCAUUGGCAAGCCAGACGCUUUCGGGAGUCUGCGGGCUCUCUUUCGACGCUUGAGUGAGAAUACGAGGAUCGGCCCUGGCUGAGGCCACGGUCAGUCCUCUCCAUCGGGAGCUAUCAGAGUCAGUACGAGAGGCUCAACGCACACAAACGGAGCUUUAAUCGAGGAACUCUCGGCGUACCGAGAUAAAUUGACUGUCAUGCCCAACGUGUCUCCAACCCUACUUGACGCUCCAUAGCCCCAUCAAGGCAUGCUUCAAGGUGAAAGCUGGUCGGUGUUGUUCAGUUUGGCCUUUGGAGCAGCCUAGACGGAGGAUAAUGAUGAUAAUGAUAAAGCACUAACACGUGGUUGGUAGCGACGGCACGGGGC